GAGAGAGCGCGAGAGUCUCCAUCAUCUGAUCUCAGUCUACUCCCUCAACAACAAAUCACUUUGCUGGAGGAAUCGAGACAACAACAUGGAGGGCGUGGAUAACCUUGUCUCUGCAAUGACGUCCUGUACCGUCCACAUGGAGAAGAUGAGCAGAGAGGAGCUGGAGACAAGAUUCAGACUGACAGAGGAAGUAAAUGAGAUAGAGGUUGAGUUGGAUUCAGACUCCUCUGAGUCUGAUGAUUACCAACCCCCGUCCAAGAGAGUAAGACCCCCCACAAAGACAUAUGCCGUUGAACCAUGGGGUCGAGGUAAAGAGAAAAAUGCCGUUGGACCACGGGGUCGAGCACACAUCCUCAAGGAGCUUUCUGGUAAAGGAAAAGACAUUGAAAGCUUCUGCAUAUCCUGUGGAUCAUCUGACCCUGUGAUUGCACACCCACUGUUUGAAGGAAGCCUUUGUCAGAAGUGCAAGACCAACUUCAUAGAGACAUUGUACAGGUACGACAAGGACGGCUACCAGUCGUACUGUACAGUGUGUUGCUGGGGCCACCAGGUGCUGCUGUGCAGCAAUGAGAACUGCUACAGGUGUUUCUGCAAGGACUGCCUGGAGUUCCUGGUGGGUCCAGGUACAUUUGAUCGUAUGAAGGAGGUUGAGCCGUGGAGCUGUUACAUCUGUGACCCUGUGGAGAACAACGGGGCCCUACGCCUCAGGCCUGACUGGAGCAAACAAGUCCAGGAAUUCUUUGACAGUAGCAGCAACCUUGAAUUUGAAGCACAUCGAAUCUACCCAGCCCUCCCCGCCCACCAGCGUCGACCAGUCAAAGUCCUGUCUCUCUUUGACGGCAUGUCCACAGACCACCUGGUGCUGAAGGAACUCGGGCUUCAGAUUGGACAGCACAUUGCUGCACAGGUCCAUGAUACACCCAUCUCUGCAGGAGCAGUUCAUGACGGACAGACAAGCAACACCAGGGAUGCCAGCACUAUCACACGCAAGAAUGUAGCUGAAUGGGGCCCCUUUGAUCUGCUCAUCGGUGGAAGUCACAGUCAGAAUCCAAGGGGCACAGGCAGGCUGUUUUUUGAAUAUUACCGUCUGCUGACAAUGAUGAGGCCAAAUGAAGACGAUGAGCGCCCCUUUUUCUUCCUGUUUCAGAAUGUGGUGGCCAUGAGUGAACACGACAAACAUGACAUCAGCCGCUUCCUGCGGGUCAAUCCUGUCAUGGUGGAUGCAGCCACUGUAAGCCCUCACUAUUUCUGGGGAAACCUGCCUGAAAUGAGCAGGGUGAACCGCCAGGCGCCCCAGGGGAAAUCCAGAAGAUCUGCUGCUUUCCGGCAUCUUCUUGCACCUCUCAAAGACCACUUCCUGUUCCAGUUGGAGUGAAAAUAAAGCCAGAGGCGGCGCUGGUGUAACCUGGCUCUCCCCAGAUCAGUGAGGUUCAACACCAUUCCACCAGGGCAGCUCCAAAAGCUCCACACACAGUGUGGGUGAACAGCCCUAUUUGGGGACUUGGACCGAGACGAGCCAAUCAGGAUCGCUGAGCAGCAUUUCACAGAUGUGAAGUGUUCGAGAAGCGAGUGUUGUUUUGGGCAACAAUGGGAGUUCACAUCGAGCAGUCACCUGUCAACUGCAUUGUAGAUUCUAUUGCACAUUGAUUCUUUAAAACAGUGAAGGGCAACCUGAAUUCAGAAGUUACAAUCCAGUGCCACCUACUCCAAAUAACCUGGUUUAACCAUCCAAUUCAACCAGGUGAAUGCCCUAAUAUGACAGGUAAAAGCAGGUAAUUCGGGAUAUGCGGCACUGGAUUGUAACUAAUGAAUCCAGGUUGCUCAAUACUGCUUUAAAUAUGAUCAGAGAACGGUUUUGUAGCAAUUAAUUGGUGGCAAGGACAGACAACUGGUUGAUAAAGCCACGCUUUCUGAAAACGAAUCCAACGCCACUCUUCCAGAUCUGUGAGUGAAGAUUAGCGAAGUCCAUAUCUCCAGAAUCAUGCUGUUUUAUAUGCACACUUAUGAAAAAGACACUUUCCAGCCAUGCAAGCCUUGCUUUCUCUCUCUCUGGAAGGACAUGUGUCAAAAGCAUUUUCAGUCAUUCUGUGGUUCUACUCCAAAGAGAUCCUAUUUUAUUGCAAAGUUUUUAAACCUUUUAUGCUUAGUGUGUGUGUGUGUGUGUGAGAGUGUGAGACAAAAUACUGCCAGUAUUUGAUACCAUCCCCAUUUUAUAUUUUUUAUCAUAAGACUAUGCUCUUUCAAUCAUGUUCACACCUGGUCUUUCAUGAGAAAUAUAUAUUGCUCUGAGCACUGGUGUAAAUUACUUUUUUGUACAUUAUCUUAACAGCCAUCUCGCUCUAUUGAUUUUGCAGUAACAGAUUCUGCAAAUAUUUUUCUAAUUGUAUUUUAUCUAUUGUAUUGUAAUUGUGAAUUUAAAUUGUUUUGUGUAAUAUAAUUGUAAAACAAUUGCAUUUCUGGGCCUUGUGUUAAAUGACCCAGCCAACUAGUCUAGUUACUGGAAGAGGUUCCCAUGCACCUCACUCACAAAUCAUUUAUGCAGGUAUCACAUGGGGUCCUGUGCAAUUGUGCAAAGGACAAUUGUAAAAUGUGAUAGCCUAAUUGUAAACUUUUGGAAGGAGCUCAUCGUUCAUUCAUUAAAAAGCUUUUAUGGACAAA